AUUUAGAAUUAGUCAGUCUAAAGCCGGCUCGUUGUUGAGUAACACGUACGUCAGCAGGAAUAACCUCAGUUAUCAUUUUUCGCCAUGGGAAAAUCGCCAACAGUUCGUCCUUACGAAAACUUCGAUGACGAAGAAGACGCCAAGGCACUAAAAGAAGCAUUCAAAGGUUUUGGUACCGAUGAGGAUGCAGUUAUUGAAAUUAUUACCAGGAGAACCAAUGAACAAAGACGACAAAUUGCAACCAGGUUUAAGACCAUGUAUGGCAAGGACCUAAUAAAGGAACUGAAAAGCGAGCUCAGGGGGAACUUUGAAGACUUGAUAAUAGCCUUAAUGACUGAACCAAUCGAAUUCCAAGCUAAGCAGUUGCAUAAGGCCAUAAGUGGCCUGGGAACUGACGAGAGUACCAUUGUGGAGAUUUUAGCUGUGUACGACAACGAAGACGUGAUCAGAAUUGCCAACGCGUAUGAAGGGCUUUAUCAAACUUCUUUGGAAGCUGAUAUUAAAAGUGAUACAUCUGGUACUCUGAAGAGACUAUUAGUUUCACUAUCAACCGGCAACCGCGACGAAUCCAACGAGGUGAACCCAGAAGCCGCCUUCAAAGACGCCCAAGCGCUCCUCCAAGCGGGAGAACUCCUCUUCGCCGGUACCGACGAGUCGGUCUUCAACGCCGUCAUGUGCCAGAGGAACAGACCCCAACUGAGACUCGUCUUCGACGAGUACGAGAAGCUCGUGGGCCACACCGUAGAAACGGCCAUCGAAAACGAGUUUUCUGGCAACAUAAAGGACGCCCUACUGCAGCUGAUCCACUGCGUCAAAGACAGAAGCGACUACUUGGCCACCAGGUUGCACGACAGCAUGGCCGGCAUCGGCACCGACGACAGGACUCUGGUAAGGCUAGUUGUGGCGAGGUCCGAGAUCGACUUGGAGGAGAUUAAGGAGGUCUACGAGGCCAAGUAUGGAAAGAGCCUUGCCGAAAGGAUUGCGGAUGAUACCUCAGGAGACUACAAAAAAGCUUUGCUUGCGGUAGUUGGUUAACCCGAAAUAAAUCAAAAUUUAGCCAAGACUUGAAAAUUUUAAAUCUCAUUGUUCGAUUUUAUCAUUAGUUUAGUCGCCGAAAAAAAUGUCGCCUUGAUAUUAUUUUUUUAUAUUCUU